UUAACAGACAUUGUCCUUGAAACCUCAUCUCAAGGAAACGCUGUCUCAUCUUAUGCAUUAAAUCUGCUAAACAUUUAAAGACUUUGUCACAUCUGACAGUCCAGUUUGAGAUAAAGAACUAAAACACUUUCUAGAUAUGAAAUAUCAAGGUUUAAUCGUAAUAAUCUUACUGACUUUAUUUCCAUACUAUUAUCUCCUCACAGGAGAGGCUACGGGCAUCAGGAGCAACAGCAGUUGCUUCGACCCUCUCUCUUGAGACCAGAGGAACUCUCCAUGGAGUCUGGUAUCGACCCAGGACAGGACUAUUAUACACAGGAUUACUACAAUUAUGAUCAUGGCUAUGACUUGCCUCAGUAUGGGAGUCGACGGAAGCUGAUCUCUCCAACAGGGAUGUAUGAUGAAUAUGGAGAGGUGAUUAUGGAAGAUGAUGGCAGCUACUACUACAGCCCACACGAAUCCGAGGGAGAGUAUGGUAGAAAAAAGAGGAUCAAGCUUAUUGUAGACCGUGAAUACGAGACCAGUUCAACUGGAGAAGAAAGUGCACCAGAAUUGCACAGGAACCGCCUGUCUAAUGUGAACAGCCACGGCAACAUUAAUGGGAGCGUAUACUUGGCCCAGAAUGGCUCUAUAAUCCGGACACGACGGGUUGCACACACCAACAACAUCAAGCUCAACUCUCCAAUACGACUGGGAAAGCACUUUAAGAAACUAGACAAACUUGCUGUCACACACGAAGAGCGAAUUCCUUUAAACAGCCCCGUAAUCACAGGCGCUUCAGUAGGUGAACAGAACCUCACAACCAGGCUUUCCAGUGGGUCCCUGGCCUCCAGCACUACAGGCCCAGAGAGUAUAGCUUCAAAAUCAAAUGUGGCAAAAGGAGGGGGUGAAAGAACACAAAAUGGGGAUGAACAAGAGUCCACAGUGGACAAUCAGGAGGUGAGAGACCCUUUAGGAUCACAUAGUGACCGCACCCAGUCAGAUGAGGAGGAGCUCUGGAUGGGGCCUUGGAAUAACCUGCACAUACCAAUGACAAAACUGUGACUUCUGACAUGCAGAUGCUCUAUUGUCUUAAAGAACUUGGGGGGGGGGGAUGAAUCUGCAGCAUAAAAUGCUAAAAUUGCACUUUCAUUCAGUAUUAUAUUAGCUUUUUUGUGAAUCUGAACAAUGAGCUUCUCAAUGAUUGUUGCAUUCAUAAGUACCUUAAAAAUCCAUCAUGUU